AUGGGCUUCACUCUCAACAAUCCGCUGCCCUCGUCCAUGAGGAGCGAGUGCCGGAAAACGGGCAAGAUUCUGGCGUCGUUUGUUGAUCCGCGACAAUCGUUUGGGCCUGACAAGAUCAUUCCGCCGUCGGUCCUCGCAAAUGCGAAGGGCCUCGCCAUUCUCACCGUAUUCAAAGCCGGCUUCCUCGGAACCGCGCGUUUUGGCUCCGGCGUCGUGGUUGCGCGCCUCGCCGACGGAUCGUGGUCGGCGCCCUCAGCCAUCGGAACCAUCGGCGGCGGCUUCGGCGGGCAAAUUGGCUUCGAGCUGACCGAUUUCGUGUUCAUCCUGAAUGACGCAUCGGCUGUGCGCACCUUUGCGCAGGCUGGCUCGCUGACGCUGGGCGGCAAUGUGUCUAUCGCAGCCGGGCCCGUUGGUCGCAAUGCGGAAGCUGCCGGAGUCGCAAGUUUGAAGGGUGUCGCCGGAGUCUUCAGCUACAGCAAGACAAAGGGACUGUUCGCUGGUGUCAGUCUGGAGGGCAGCGGGCUGAUUGAGCGACGCGACGCGAACGAGAAGCUCUAUGGGCGGAGGUGGACGGCGCGCGAGUUGCUGAGUGGCCAGGUUCCGCCCCCACCCGCUGCUGAGCCGCUGCUGCGCGUCCUCAACUCGAGAGUCUUCGCCGGCGCCGGCGGUGCCAUGGCAGCGGCAGCGGAUGAACGCAUGUACAACGACAUUCCGGUCUACGACGACUCGCACGAUAACGUCGUCUGGCAAGGACGCCGCGGCUCUGCCAUGGGCGAGGGUGUGCGUAGGGAUCGCACAGGCUCGAUCGGCCAGGGCAGUCAGCACACCAACGACGACUACGAAUACCGCGACCGUCCACAGCGCUCAUCCACAUGGGCAGACGACGUAUACGAUCGCCAGCCCAACUCCGGCGGUGGCAUCAACCGCUCCUUCUCCACACGCGCCAAUCCCAACGAGACAUUCGACACUAUGAAUGGCCGCAGCCGUUCGUCCACCGUUGGCGACGACUACUCUUACAGCGACCGCGCGCCCGGCCGACCAUCCGCACCGAAGCCUGUGUUUGGCCAGAAGAAGGCGAGUCUAGCCGCCGAUCAGGCCAUUGCAAAGUUCACUUUCGACCCCGAUCAGCCUGGCGAUCUUGGCUUCAAGAAGGGCGAGGUCAUCACAAUUUUGAAGAGGACCGACAACGAGACAGAUUGGUGGACAGGACGGGUAGGCGACAGAGAGGGCAUUUUCCCCAGCAACUAUGUCGAGACCAUUUAACGCCGGCCCGCGACCGCAUCACUUCUUCUUCUCAUGUUUUACUUCAAAUCUUCCGCUUUUGCAUCAAAAGAUACCUUCUUCGUAUACCUAGACUGCUACAUACCUCUCCUCAGUAACUUCACCGACAUUCGUAUCGAUUCCUUUGGGCACAGUAAGGCGUCAAGG